AUGCCCCCGAAGAGAAUAUUGGUAAAUCUGUCGGAAAAGUACGGCGACAUACGCAUCCCCCACUCACUCCUGCCGGGUGCCAACCCCGUCGCGUACACGGAGCAGGUCGUCCUCUUUGUGGCGGCGCCGCCGCCUUUGGAGCGGCGUUUUGAGUGGGGUGAGGCGCCCAGCGGAGACGAGGCCCCGGCCCCAUGGGAGCCAGCACCGCCUUUGGGUGAGGAGGGAACAGCACGGGCGUCGUUGUUGUCGUGCCUCGUAGAGACACCGCGCAGCCCCGUCAUGCGGACGACGCGUUCGCGUUAUGCUUGA